AAUGCGCCGCAAAUGAGUUCUGCCGUCUCAUAGACGCCUAGGCGUAUUAACGGCGAGCAUUUGGUGCUCACAAAGGGCCCGUCGGAUUACAGGAGCUGUUAAUGGUUUGACGUUAGUGCAUGCUCCUGCUCCGUGCUCCAGGUUUGAAUGAAGCUCCCUCUAGCGUCAGUGCAAUAGACCGAAUCUUCCGCCGAGUUUCUCAUCAGAGAAGUGUCGUCAGUGUCACAUAAGUGUCAUCGCGCCCGUUCACGAGACAAUGGAAGAGGAUGUGCCACCCAAUAAACGGGUUGAGGGCCGCAACGGGGGCAUGCUGCCGGAGUGCAUGGCGUCGGACAUGGACCGCAAUGGCGGCGUCACCGUUAAAGUGAUCGGCCCGUCGUUUUUUCGCCGAAGAACGAACACCGAGAAAUACCUAAUUCUCCUUGUGAUAUUGUUGUUUGUUGCCUGCGUGGCCCUGGUCUUGGUUGCGGCCUUUACACGAACUUCAGAUUUGCCAAAGAACAUUUGCCUUACAGCAAACUGUGUAAAUACAGCCGCCUCGUUGUUGGCAGCGAUGGACCCGCUGGCUGACCCAUGUGAAGACUUCUACCAGUUCGCUUGCGGCUCGUGGAACCGGCUGCACACCAUUCCCGACGACAAGAGCAGUAUUAGCACGUUUGAAGUACUCAGCGAAAAGCUCGACAUCUUAUUAAAAGAUUUGUUAGAAGAGGGCUUAAAGCCCGUUGACAGUGAAGCGACUAAAAAGGCUAAAGUUUUGUAUCGAUCGUGUAUAAACAAGAGUGCGAGUGAGAUAAUUGCGGACAACCCUCUUAAGCGAGUCCUGAGGGAACUAGGAGGUUGGCCCGUGCUGGAUCCAAAGUGGCACAACCCCGACUGGUCGCUGGAGCUACUACUUGGCGAGCUGAGGGGGAGUUUUAAUCUACCGGUAGUCCUAGAGCAGUGGAUCGGACCCGACGAUAAAAACUCGUCAGUCAAUAUAAUACAGAUCGAUCAGCCUGGUCCGGGGCGACUCACUCUACCUAGCCGCGAAUAUUAUCUGUCCGGACCUGAAGGGCAGGAGCUGCUCGACGCAUACUACAAGCUGAUGGUCGAUGUUGCCGUAAUGCUCGGCGCUGACAGACGCUACGCCGAGACUCAGAUGAAGAACGUACUCGACUUUGAGAUCGAACUCGCAAAUAUCACCGUACCACAAGCGGAGAGGCACGACCAGGGACUAAUCUAUAACAACAUGACAAUCGGAAACCUGCAGAGUAUGGUACCCAGGUUUAACUGGUUGAAAUACCUAAUGCAUUUCGUGGUGGAGCCGCUGACGUCAUCAGAGGAAAUAGUAGUGUACUCGGAACCCUAUCUGAAAGCAUUGAACACGCUUAUACAGCAGUACGACAGGAGGGUCUUGACUAACUACGCCAUAUGGUUCCUCAUCAUGAAGAUUUUGCCUCAGCUUCCAAACAAAUACCAGGGCCCCUACAUGGAAUUCCAGAAGGUUCAGAAUGGCAUUCUGGCGCCAACUAUACGCUGGAAGCACUGCGUGGGCUUCGUCAACGAAGCAAUGGGACUGGCACUCGGCGCGCUGUUCGUACGAGAAAACUUUCCAAAGGAGAGUAAGGACACGGCUCUGGAGAUGAUACACAACAUCCGCAGCGCGUUCAACGAGCUACUGCAAGAGAACCACUGGAUGGGAGAGGACACGCGUGCUGUAGCCGAGGAGAAGGCAAACGCGAUGAACGAAAGAAUCGGCUACCCUGACAUGUUGACGAAUCCAGAGGAGUUGAAUGCGGAAUACGAAGGGUUAAAUUUGGAUAGAUCAAAGUUUCUCGAGAACAACUUCCGAAUUUUAAAAUUCGAAGCGCAAAAGACGUUACGAAAGUUGAGACAACCUGUCAACAAAGAUAGGUGGACAACGCCACCGGCUCAGGUAAAUGCAUUCUACAGUCCGAACAAGAACGACAUUGUGAUUCCAGCCGGGAUUCUGCAGCCGCUAUUCUACAGCGCGCACUUUCCUAAAUCGCUGAACUACGGAGGAAUUGGAGUUGCAAUCGGGCACGAAAUCACACACGGCUUCGACGAUAAGGGCCGCCAGUUUGACAAGGAUGGCAAUAUGAAGGAAUGGUGGAAUGCCGAGACGAUCAAGGACUUUCGAACGCAAGCGCAGUGCAUUGUCGACCAGUACUCCGCCUACAGAGUCGCCGCCAUUAACAUGACCGUGAAUGGAAAGAACACACAAGGAGAGAACAUAGCCGACAACGGCGGUUUAAAGCAGUCCUACAGGGCGUACAAGAAGUGGGUGAUGCGGAACGGAGAGGAACCGCUACUGCCCGGAAUAAACCGGACACAAGAUCAGCUGUUCUUUCUCAAUUACGCGCAGAUUUGGUGUGAGGCCUCGCGACCUGAAGACGCCAUCAAGAAGAUAAGGUCCUCUGUGCAUAGUCCCGGAACUGUGAGGGUGUUAGGUCCUCUCUCCAACUCGUAUGAGUUCGCAAAGGCCUACAACUGCCCUCUUGGAAGCACAAUGAAUCCGGUGACGAAGUGCUCUGUUUGGUAGGAGAGCAGGGAGUUUGGUCAUUUGCUGACGCGAGUUAAUUUGAUGUUGUAUUCUUGUGUGUGAAAUCUACUUCGCGUGUGUAAAUACGCUCCGCGGGUCUCAAGCAUUCACGCAGCACGGAGAGGCAUAUACACGGAUGAGCCGAGAAGGCUUCUUUUGCCGCAUAUGUUGGAGCUGAGCAAACAGUUAUCGGAAAACAACAUCUGUACCAAUAGAAAAAUCGCGUGCGCAGCACACACACGCACACACACACACACACACACACACA